AUGGUCGACCCGAUUGAAUCGGUACGUCGACUGCAUUUGCAGCAAACACUGACACCUCCAGUGCCGGCGCCCCGGAAGUCCAUACGCCUCACGAACCAGACAUUAGCCCGACUUUACGCCAACCAGGAGGUCGUCCAAAGGACCCAAUCCCUGGACGACAGCCAUAAGUGUCGGUGCAAUUGCACGGAUUGGUUGCUCCACUUCGACAACAGCCUCCACAUCGACGGCAUCAGCGCCCACAACAGCACCGGUAUUACGAUUGAUGAGCGCAAUAAUAAUUGUAGGAAUGGUGGCACCGAUUCAUCAAAACAAACACUCGAUUUAUUAACGGGUAAUGAGGGGAAAGGGAUGAUCAUCGCACCUACAGAUCAGACAAUUACAUCAACACAACAGCCACAGCCGUCCGCCAACAUAGCUACCAGUGCUGAGGAAUUGGCGCAAAUAUUUACGAACCAAUCAAUUAGCGGUGAUUUAUUUGUACCAAAUACUGGCGCUGUGGCGGUGGUGGCGGCACCAGUAGCCAAGUGUCUGUCAUUAGUCACCGGGAAUGGGAGCUCACAAAUCAGCGCCAGUAGUAGCUGCGGCUCCACCACCAGCGGUGAUGGCAGCGAUGAUAUCUAUGGCACCAUCAACGCCAGUGCCAUAACUACCGGCGCCAGCACUACUACUACUACCCAUACCACUGCCUCCACGAUAGCCACCACUGAUAGAGUAAUCAAUGAAAGUAUUGCUAUUAAUAAUAAGUUUAAUCAUAAGAAUAACUCACAGAAUGCGAGCGUAAAGAAUAAUAGCUAUGAGUCAAGCGAUUCUCGCAGUAAUGACACGAAUGUACAGAAUCUCAUACAGACAUCACAUACGGCACACAAUUCACAGAAUCAGUGCUCAACAGUUCCGCCGAUUAUUGAUUUGUUGAAAGAGUUUGAUAUCUGUUUCAAUAGUGACACCAAUUCAGAGAAUACGGAAUCCAAGAAUUUGAUUCAAUUCUCGACAACCGAUAACACAAUUAGCGUUGAUUUGUCUCAACACAAACAAAGUCAAGAGGGCCGGGAGUCAAAAGGGGACAGGGAGUCGGUCACCACCACUACCACGGGUUCUGUCUAUGAAUACGAUUCAAUAAAACUGGAGAAGGAAUCGAUUGAUACGAAGGCAUCCAUUGGUGUCGCAGAUCUCGACAACACUGACAACUCGUCCAGAGUUGAGCUCAAAGACUAUGAUCUCAUCUGUUUGGAUGAGGAGCCGGAAGAGGUGCACCGAUCGCUACUCAAGUACCGGAGGGGGCCGUUAUGUUUCGACUCCAAGUGCAUAACACUGAAGCGGCGCAUAGGGAACGGCUACUUCGGCGACGUAUUCCUGGCUACCAUUCCCUCCACUUCCAGUUCGGCGGUCAUUCAAUUGGCCGUAAAGAUGCUUAAAACACACGCUUCCAUACGUCAGAAAGUAAUGCCAUUUAUUAUACGCUAG